AUGCUUACCCGCGAUGAACGUCCAUAUUGCCGUUUCCUACGAGAUGAAGGCUAUAACUAUCCAUCUAUUGCCUCCCGAAUAGGCUGUUCCGAGCGCCAAGCUCGGCACGCCUGCGAUACCGUACGAAUUAUGCCUCAGAAGAAUAAGACUGGCCGACGGCCAAAUCUUACCCCUAAGCGCCUGGAUAAGACCUUGAGGUCAGUGGAGAGACACUUCGUCUAUCCCUAA